CGCACGGCCUUGGGGGAGGGGAUAAAGGGGGGACCCCUCCCCCACCCCCGCGAGGAGCCGCUCGCGCCGCGCCAUGGGGGGGGCGCAGCUGCUGCUGCUCCUGCUGCCCCUCCUGGCGACCCCCGCGGAUUUGGGGACCCCCGGCUCGCUCCGCGCUCUGCCCGGGGGGGUCGCGGCGGAUUUGGGGGGGGUCGCGGUGGAUUUGGGGGGGGUCGCGGUGAAUUUGGGGAGGGGUCGCCCCCCGUGCCGGGCCGUGAACGUGACGGUGGCGCUGGAGAAGGAGCAGUGCCCGCAGUGCCGGGCCGUGACCGCCACCGCCUGCGGGGGCUUCUGCCGCACCCGGGAGCCGGUUUACCGCAGCCCCCUGGGCCCCCCUCCCCAAUCCUCCUGCACCUAUUCCGGGGUUCGCUACGAGCGCUGGCUUUUGGGGGGCUGUCCCCCCGGCACGGACCCCUCGGUGUCGGUGCCGGUGGCUCUGGGCUGUCGCUGCGGCCGCUGCCCCAUGGCCGCCACCGACUGCGCCAAUCCCCCGAAAUCCUCCCCCAAAAAUCCCCCCCGACCCCUCCAAACCCCCCCAAAAUCCUCCCACAACCCCUAA